GCAUGCAUCAGCAAUCUCCUCCCUCCCUGGUCACUAUACAUCCUGGAGGACUCCUCGCACUGUCUAUCACUCAGCAGAGGCACACGGUGAGCUCAAGAAGUCCUGACUUGACACUAGCACCAGCAGCAACAGUCUUAAAGAAAUCGGGCAGCAUCCCUUCUCGAUUGGAGCAGAGCACCAUGGCAGGCAGCACUGUCCUUCACUUGGGCUUCCUUCUGACGCUUGCAGGAAUUCUCCUCCUCGCAUGCAGCUCAGCACAAAGAGUCAGAGUAAGAAGACAGAAUAUGAAGGUUCGAAUCAACGCGACCGGGGAUACCAUAGUUCUGAAGUUCGUUCGACCCAACCCUGACAUCAAACUUGAAGGCUACAUUUUAGGAUAUGGUUCCAGCAUGUUCUCCAAACAGUUCAUUCAACUUCCAGAAAAUGGGGAACCCUAUGAGACCGAGAUUGGUAAGGUGAACCUGGACAAACCUCUUCACCUGGUGAUCGAUUCUGUCACGCCGACAUCUGUGCUUCUGUCCUGGGGAACCUACUUAAAGACGCCCUAUGAGGGAAACAUCAUGAACGACUGCUUGGAGGAUGGGCAUUACACCAUCCGCUAUAGAGAAAGAAACAGGAAGUGGAUCUACCAGACCUGCCCCACCUCCGAUACUGUGAUCGACAACCUCAAGCCCAACACACCCUAUGAAUUUGGCAUCCGAUCCAACAAAGACGACCGUAGUGGAAUGUGGAGCAAACCAGUGAUCCACAACACCAACAUGGGAGACAAAAACAUGCAGAUAACCUACAAGCCCACCCGACCCCUUGUCAAGACUUUGGCUGGACCCCACAGCAGUCUGUUCCCACCUCGACAUGCUCUCCACAACAUAAGCCAGCCAGGACCGCCCAAAAACACAGGCGUUAAUGGAGGUCCCAAGACAUCUUUUGCGCCACCAAUGGGCCAGCAAGGAACUGUGGCUGCUCCAAGAGCCAAUGAGCCAAAAUGGCCUCAGCUCCCAUUCGAUUCAAACAGUCAUGUUAGAAAUGACUCCUCUCAGCUGGUGGAGAUUCCUCCCAUCCUUCCCCAACUCCUAUCCACUAAGCCCUCCCAUCCUUCAGUCACCCCUACCCCUUAUUCCUUACCCAGCAGUGCCCGGACACCCCUACAUGGACACCCCCAAACCAGGGCACCUAGUGCCACUCAGAUGCCUCAUAAUUCCUCUGGUAAGAGCAUCCGGAGAGACUCCAUCUCUUCUCUUCCACCCAAACCUGUCGAUUCAGUCCAAACAGUGACCACCAGGAAUCAGACGUCACUGGGCAGAUACCAUUUCUCUCUCUCUAAUGGCAUGAGACCUUCUUCCCCCAGGUUUGGAGCCUCCUCCAGAAGAUAUGGGGCUAACGGUGAGCACCAUAAGGGACUUUCUCUCCCCAAACCAGUCAUGUGGUCCACAGCAAGAAUGGGUUCUCCCGCUGCACACCUUCCUAUUCCAGCAAAAAAGCCUAAUCUUGUUGACAACCCUGUAGGAUUAGCAGACAAGACAACAGACCUGAAUCAGGACAAAGCUUCCAUCUUGAAACCCAAGCUUCCGCCUGUAACAGCAAAACCAUCCAAACCAAAAACAACAACAUAUCCCACAGUGACAGCACCCCGAUUUGAGACAUGGGAGAACUCUUCAGUAUUCAGCUCUGUUCCUGCUUCUAAAGUUGAUUCCAUGGGCAAAGAACGCUACAUUGCUCCACAUGUUGUCUAUAAGACGGAUAAGAAACCAGAUGAACCCUGCUCCAUCACCACCUCUCUGAGUUACUUCCCUGAGGAGGAGGCUGGAGAACAAAAUGUCACCAAUCCUCCAAGAACAGCCCCAUCCAACCUCACUGUUGUAACUGUGGAAGGAUGCCCCUCCUUCAUUAUUCUUGAUUGGGAGAAAACAGAUAAUGAGACGACAGAAUAUGAGGUUAUCUCAACUACUAAAGGUCCUGAUGGUGAACAGGUUUCCAUUCUGACCACCAACCAGACUCAUACAGCUGUGGAGAACCUCAAACCAGAGAGCAGUUAUGAAUUCAAGGUGAAGCCCAAAAAUGAACUCGGAGAAGGGCCGCCCAGCGAACCAGUGACCUUCAACACAGAGUCAGCGGAUCCGCGGGUAAGCGAGAACGUUUCAGGUAAAGAUGCCAUUUGGACCCAGUUCCCCUUCAAAACCGACUCCUAUUCUGAGUGCAAUGGGAAGCAGUAUGUCAAGAGGACGUGGUACCGCAAAUUUGUUGGCAUCCAACUCUGCAACUCCCUACGAUACAAGAUCUACCUGAGCGACUCCCUCAACGGUAAAUUCUACAAUAUUGGAGACCAGACGGGUCAUGGUGAAGACCACUGCCAGUUUGUGGACUCAUUCCUGGAUGGAAGAACGGGCACUCAGCUUCCUGCAGACCAGCUGCCAUCCAGGCUAGGCUUCUACAGAGCAAUGAGACAAGAGCCAGUUCACUUCAGCCAGAUAGGUGGAAACUCCCAUAUCACCUACGUCGCAUGGUACGAAUGCGGUACGCCAAUCCCAGGGAAAUGGUAGGGCAAGUGUCCACAAGGAACCCUUAAAAGUAACUCUCAUUGGUUGGGGUUUUUUUUUUUUUUUUUUUUACUGUUUUCCCCCCACCAAUGAUGGUGAGUUUGGUCACUCCUCAGCCUACGUCACCAAAGUUAAUACCAUGUAUAAUAGUGUACAGGAUGAAAGUCAGGGAAUACUUUUCAGUGCAUUUGUGACAUGUAUUAGCAAAACAGUGCCUCAUCUUGUUAUUUAUCAUACAAUAAUUAGAACAAAGUAAAAUAAAUAAAUAAAUACUUCAUUAUGAGAAAAACACUUUGGAUACAUUGAAUUGAUGAACAUUAAAAAACAAAGGUAAAAAUACUUGUUUAAAUAUUGGGAAGCUGGCUCCCUGAAACUAUUUUGAUAUUUUGUGUAAUAUUAUUUAUCAAAGUUUGUGGUUUCUUCACUGGCUUUCUUCCAGUGAGAAAGGGCCAGGCUUUUAUUAAGCGCUUUAAAGACAGCCUGGGCUUUUGUCUACCACCAGAGGCAGCUGUAUUAGUUUAGGUCUCUGAUAUGUCAGAUGAUAUGUAUAGCUGGGACUCUUCGCUAUGUUGCUUUUAUGAACACAUUGUACUGGCUCAACAAGUCAGGUUACCCACACUAGAAUAGACACAACGGACUCAAGACGACGACACGUCUAUGUUUACAACGGGUUGGGAUGAACAUAAUAAUUUUCUUUACAUGCACACACACGAAACAUACAUUUACUCAGAUGCUUUGUACUAUGGCUAUUGUCUUCCAGUUGUAAGUCCUGGUAUAUUUGAUGGUUCUAGAUCGUAAGGACAACCUUACACUUGCAAUUUGCACAGCACAAAUAUAUUUAUAUGUAUAUGGAGAGAGUAUUUUUUCAGGAAACCUUUGAGAAAAUUAAAAAUCCUUCCCCUCAAGCUUGUGAAACAUGAUACAAGUUUAAAUAAAAAACAAAACACUUUUGUUGAGUGUUAACCCACUGAAUACUUUCAAGGAGUCUUGAAGAUCGUAAUACUUCAAGGAGAGCUUGUAUGGGUCCCAUAUUUUGUACAGUUUUGUCCCUGCCAAUCCCUUGGCAGAGUUUCUCUGGCUUAUCCGUAUUUUCAUGGAAUUUGUUUGUAAGAUGAAACUGUUGAUUGUUCUUGUUGUUCUGGAUUUGUUUUCUUCUGUAUGUAUUUUACAAUAAUAAAAAACUAAAUUUUUGUCUCUUUUUUAA